AUAAUUAGUGAUCGACCAGCGUAGUGCCAGGACGUUACGUUUACUCAGCACCUGCAUUGCAUUUAUAAAUGUAAGCCGCGAUUCCUAAGAAAAAGUACUAUAUCACGUCCUAUACACCACGAAUACAGUAUAUUAGAGUAAAUUACAAUAUUAAACUUUAUUAUUGCUAAUAUGAGUACACUAAAAUUAUAUAUCUGUGUGCUUUUUUUAUUAUUCAAUAUGAUAAAAAUCAUUAAUUUCGUUGGUUUUUCCACUGAGCAAACGUGACGACCACACGUUCAACGGUUUAUCAGAUGCAUUAUUUAAUCGUAACAGUUCAUGGUCGUCAUUAAAAUCUGUAUAAUACGGUUAUUAUCUAAUUCAGCGGAAAUUAGAAAACCCAUAAAACUGCAUGUCUUUACGAGUUGUUACAAAACGUAAAAUAUCAUGUGUGUAUUAACUGAUAUUUUUUAUGACAAGAUUGUAACAUUAUUAAGUAGUAAAACAUCCUGUAUAAAGACAAAGGCGCGUGCUCGUGAUUUAUUUUUUCGGUUAGUGCAUGAAUACGAUCAACUGUAGUUAAAAUGAAUGAACUAAAGAUAACGAAAUUAACUACACCAAUUCAUCAUGGAGAAGGUCCAUAUUGGUGCCCAGAAUCCAAAGUUUUGCUAUAUACAGAUACGUUCAAGGCAACUUUGUACAAAUUAAAAACUGACAGAGAUACACCAAUGUCACCGGAAUGUUUUAAGUUACCUAAUCAUGAUACUGUAGGUUUUGCAAUACCAAUAAAAGAUAAAAAAGACACUUGGGUUGUAUGCGGUGAUAGACAUAUGUAUGAAUUAAAAUGGCCAGACAAGGGAAAAGUACAAUUUAAACAAAUACAUACUGUAGAAAAGGAUAAACCAAAAAAUCAGUUUAAUGACGGUAAAGCCGAUAUACAGGGAAGAAUUUGGGGAGGCACUUUAAAAAGAGAAACUGAUUUAUCAGUUCCUGAAUUUGGUGGCUCACUUUAUAUGUUUGAUCAUAAUCUUAGAGAACAUGAAAAAAUUCCUAAUGUCAGUAUAAGUAACGGAUUAGCUUGGUCUAAAGAUAAUACGAAAUUUUUCUUUAUUGACAGUGCUACAAAAGAUAUAGAAAAAUGGGACUAUGAUGCUAAGACGGGGGAAAUAUCUAACAAAAAGAUAGUUAUAAACAUUAAAGAACACGGAUACGCAGGUAUACCUGAUGGAAUGACCAUUGAUGAAGAUGACAAUCUGUGGAUUGCUUUAUUUGGAGGUCAUGAAGUUAUCCAAGUAGAAUCUAGAUAUGGAAGAAUAUUAAGGAACAUUAGAAUACCUGCUUCUUAUGUUACGUCUGUAACCUGGGGUGGUCCCAAUUUUGAUAUAUUGUAUGUAACGACGUCUCAAGCGCAUCUCGAUGAAAAACAGUUGAAAGAUGAACCUGAUGCUGGAAGUGUAUUUGCCCUCUCAGGAUUGGGUGUUAAAGGAGUUCCACCUAAUCAAGCCAUUAUUCAAAAAUAUAUUUUUAAAGCAUAUUAUAAUACUUUUAAGAACAAUUUUGAAGACAUAGUGGCGUCUUUUCUUACUGCUCCUCUAACAUUUAUUUUAGUUAUGACUGUUGUAUUUUCAUAUAUAGUACUGAUGAUGUUGCAGUAUUGAUUACUACUCUAACACACCUACUUAUUAUAUUUUUAUAUUAGUUUACCUUAUAUUUUCAAGGUUAUCCAAGUAGAAUCAAAAUAUGGAAGAGUAUUAAGGAACAUUAGAAUACCUGCCUCUUAUGUCACGUCUGUAAUUUGGGGUGGUCCUAAUUUUGAUAUAUUGUAUGUAACUACUUCUCAAGCUCAUCUAGAUGAAAAACAGUUGAAGGAUGAACCUGAUGCUGGAUGUGUAUUUGCCCUCUCAGGAUUGGGUGUCAAAGGAAUUCCGCCGAAUCAAGCCAUUAUUAACAAAUGUUACUGUUAGAGCCUAAUACAUAUGAUGAUUCUACUAAAUUAUAGUUAGAUACAAUAAACCUAAAUAAUAUAUUUAUAAUUUUUUUUAUAGACCAGGGCGGCUCUUUUAAAGGUGGAUGUGAGGGGUGGCAUUCGGAUUUUGUAGAAAUAGUUAUGUAAUAACUUCAAUAAUAAUUAACUUAUCCUUCCUCUUCUUAAAACAAUUGAUUUUGGAGCAAAGUUGUCAAGAAAUAUAAUAGCGACAGUCAAAUUUACUAUAAGAUACAGCUAGUUAAAAAUGUUUUAAUUUAUUACCGGUACUGCCAAAUAGCAUUAAAUACAAAAAAGAGGGGGAUAAACAAGCCUUUUCUUAUUCACUGUUUUUUAACCCAUUAAAUUACAGCAAGGACCUGUAUAAUUGAGCUGAUGAGAAUCAGAGUGGUGUAAGUCAGUUUUUAAUCAAUUUGAGAUUUUUAAGUGUUUGUUAGCAAAAAAAUUGUCUUUUUGUAGUCACAAAUUGUUACUUUUUUUUUAUUAAUAUAGAUUUUAUAUACCUAUUGUUUAUCAUAAAAAAAAUAAAAAGGGCUUAAAUGACUUACACUACUACCAUUCUAAACACCAAUAGAGAUUAAAUAAAAUAACUGACUUACCUUGUUGAAGAUUAAAAUUUUACACUUUGUCAACAGAUUAACUAUUUCUAAAUUAUCUUUACUUAAAAAGUAAUCAAUUCUACGAUCGACUGGAGUCUUUUUUAGUCCACAGUUUCAUCUUCCUCAUCGCUUUGAGGUUCAACAUAUGGAAGGGGGCUAAUCUUGUCCUCUACUUCAUUAUUUGCAGCAGUUGCUAUGUUUUGAAAAAACCCAUGAUGGACUGGAGGAAAGAACUGUAGGAGGUCAAUCAUAUCCUGUUUCUUCUGCUUGCUUACAGGUCUCAUUCUUGAGUUUUUUCAUGACAACAUUUUUCAACUGUACUUGCUUUCCCUUUUGUCCUGUUGGAGUGAUAUCUAUGAUGUCGAACUGUACCAUAUCUUGAAUUUUUUUUCCUAUUUGUAAUGUUUCUUUUAAUUGGGCUUGUUAAAAAUAAUUCAUCACUGCUUACCUCACAAACAAUAAAUUUCUCUUUUCUCCGGCAGGUAGUCAUGAUUUUUUUCCAGUUACUUGGUAGAUAGAUUGCCUUUCCGUUUGCAGCUAGUUCUGCACAACCAAAAUUCGAAUCAUUCAGUAGGAAUGAAUGUCCAGAAACUGAAAACUUCUGAUCGAUUACUGUCUGUUGCAUCGCUUUAUAGAAAUCUUGUUCGUGCUAAAGCCAUUUUAAUGUUUUGGUUUUGAUCAGUACAAGUAUCGCUGUGAAUUAUAACAUGUUUCUUGUUUGGAUUAUUUAGUUUAAGAUGCUUUAUAAUACAGGAUGAAACUUCUUGAGAGCCUCUGGAAGUGAUAGUUUUAUCCCAGAAAUAAAAUAUAAGCCAGCUUCUGUGUCGAAGUCAUGCACUCCAAAGUUAUAGCAGUACAUAGUUCGCUUCUAAUAGGCAUCUGAAACAGAUAACACUGGAUACAGCAAAGCUUUUUGUAGGUCAAUACUACAUACAUAACUGUCCUGGUUUCUUUUCGCGUUUUUCGCAUCAGUAGUCAUACAUUCCCUUGCUAGCUCAGCUUUCCGUAAAUGGAGUUCAUGGUCAGUAUUAAGUUGAGAUAAUUCAUACCUAAUCAAUUCAGGAUUGCUUAUUUUAAUUUUGAAUAUGUUACAUUUUUUGCACGUGUCUUUUUUUGGAAUGUUGAAGUGAAGGUUAAAUUUAGUGUUGAAAGCAUAUCAAUAAAAUUCUCCUUAACCGGUGAUUUCUGCUCUUCCUGACACUUUUUCUCAUACAAUGAAUAUAUUUUUCCCAUACUUCAAUUAUCACUAAGGUACCUUCGGUGUUUAUUUUUCUUCCUGAUAUAGUGACUCUGGUAAGAGGGAAAUGACUUGAUAUGUUUGCAGACAUAUUCUAUAUCGUCAUCAGGGAUUUUUCUUGCUGGGCAUCCUUCUAUACCUCUAAAAUCUUCACCAGGUAAUUUAACUUUACAUAGUUUUUUUAGAGCUCGUCUAACACGACCAACUGACAUGCAAAAAGUAGCGAGAAAAUACUUUUUGCACACUGCAACAACUGAUAUAGGUACCUUGAUUUGUUUUUAAAUGGUAUUUAAAAAAUCCACCCUUUUUACGGGACCUGGCUUGAUUUGAGUUCUUUGAAUCUGUCCGCAAAUAUAAGUAUUUUUCCGCUUAAAAUCCCCAAGUUCCCAGAAAGACUAUUUUCUCAUGAUACGCCAUUUUACAGUGACAUGGGGUGUCUGAAAAUGUUUUAUUUGCUACUUCUUGGCCAUUAACAUUCACAUAUCUCUCACCAGAAUUCCUCUGUUUCUUAGUAAUGCUUUUCUUAUGCCAUUUUGGCUUCCUGAGCCUUUUUCUAGUUUUACUUUAGCUUGGGACCGAUAAACUCACCAUUUUCAUCUGACUGAUUAUCUGAUUCGGACUUAGUAGACAUUAAUCUGUUUCUUCUUCCUACAAGGUUGAGUCUUUUUUAAAAAGGAGUAAGCCUGUUAUCUUCAUUAUAAUCUGGAUCCCUAUCAACAUCAUCGGUUGAUUUAAUAGAGUCUGAUUCACUUGAUAAAUGUAACCUGUUAUAGGUUUUCAGUAUAGGCCUACUCAUGUUUUAGGUUAUUUAAAUUUCUUUUUUUUAUAAAAAUGCAUUUUCACUUAAAAUAACGUUAUUGUUGUAAAAGUUUGUUCUAAAUACAAGCCUAACCUGAAAAUGUCAACAAGGAUACAUUUCUCACAUUUCAGUUAUAAAACAAGAUUUUCUUCAAUUUAAAAACAAGCUACUGUGACAGAAUAUUAAAUAUGUUUGUUUAUAUACCACCAAUAAUAUGUAAUAAUACAUAAAACAAAAUAACACUCACUGAUCACUUUGCAAUAAUAUAACCUUGCAUUUAAACAAAUUCAUCAUCUGACUUACAGCACUCUCAUUCUAAACACAUUGGCAGUUUAGUGUAGGAUGACAAUGAUGUGCUGCUCCCAGUGGGCAGUGAUUGAACAAUUGACUUACUUCACUCUCAAACUAAACAGAAUGAGCGAUUCGGAUAGUUUAACUUACACCACUCUGGUGUUUACCGGUUCAAUUCGUCUAGAAUAUCUUCAUAACAUAGUUGAAAUCGGAUUAACAGAUUUUGCAUAAUAAUUUUACAAUCUAAUUUUUUUUUUAAAACUUUAUAAAUCUUGCACAAGAAAAAAUAGACCAUAUACAAGUUUGCCAAUUUUUUAAUUAUAAAACGUACUUAGCCCAUAGUUAACUCAAAUUGGGGUCAGGCGAAGGAAAUACGUAUAAGAGUAGAAAAGGCAAGAGCAUCGUUCACUAGCAUGAAGCAAAUUUUCACCUCUAAAAGCCUCACCCUACCUCUCAAAAUUCAACUUCUGAAAUGUUAUAUAUUCCCGGUUUUGUUAUAUGGAAUGAAGUCGUGGACAAUGACCAAAAAAUUGAUGAAAAAAGUAGAGGUCUUCGAAAUGUGGGCUUACCGACGCCGACGUAUAUUACGUAUAUCCUGGACUGAGCACGUGACCAACGAAGAGGUACUACGCCGGAUAGGUAAAGAGAGAGAGGUAGGAAUAAGUAUUAAAAAAAAAGAAAGUUGGAAUACUUGGAUCACGUUAUGAGACAUAAUAAAUAUAGAGUACUACAGCUGAUCGUUCAAGGGAAAAUAGACAGCAGAAGGGGUCCAGGGAGGAGAAGGCGCUCGUGGCUCCAAAACUUGCGGCGAUGGUUCGGAUUGUUAUCUGCUGAACUAUUCAGAUCUGCCGUAAACAAAGUCAGAAUAGCCAUGUUGAUUGCCAACGAUCGGAACGGACAAGGCACAUGAAGAAGAGAAGACUUAGCCCGUCUUACUUAUUUUGUGGAAUUAAAGUCGGAUUAUGUGGACGGUCUAAGGAAUGCUUUAAAAUUAUAAACAAAUGUUAUGCUUAUAAACAAAUAUAAUAUAAACUAACAACUUAAAUGAAAUUCGGAAAAAAAUUCAUUGACAAAAAAAGGGUAAGACAUUUUUUCCAAAAGAAAUAAAGUUAAAAUACAAGCAAUGGUUCCUGAGAUUCAACCGGUCAAAGUUGAAGGCAUUGACAAAGAAAUCAAUCACUGCUAUUUUGCAGUAGUUUUGCUUCUAUUAACGUCUUAGAACAAUAAUCUAUUUAGAUGUAAUGUAUCAUCUUGGGUAAUCUUGGAACGAUUUGUAUAAUAAGACAAAUUAAUAUUGUUACCAGAUUAAAAAGAAUAAGCUGUUGUAGUUAUAUUUCAAUGUUAAUUGUUCUAUUUAAAUUUUACUAUUUACUUUGUCCAAACUGCAAUAAAAUUUGUUAAUUUUGAAAAUAAAUAAUCCCUUGU